AUGGCUCUACACAAAGCACAGGCGCAGUUUGCGCGAGCCCAAUGGCGACUCAAGCUUCUUGCCCCGAUUUGGGUUUCGCAGCUUCUCCUGACCAUGGCCAUGAUGGGUCUCUUUGCAUGGCGAUUCGGCAACACGAUGCGACAUCACGACGACAAAGUCAAGGCUGGGAAAACCCCCAUGAUAGAAUACGCGUGGGAGGCUACGAAUAUCGCCAUGUCUCUGGUCGCCUCGAUAUGCACAUUUGUGGACAUGGCCCGAUACUAUACCGAGUCGCUGACACCAUGGACGAUGCUGUUUACGCACGUCAUCAAGGCGACCUGCGCGUUCGCCAUUCUCGCUCUCGAUAUCGCCGUGUACAUUACGCUCAGCGAGGAAAAGUACUCCCUCAUUGGGAUCGCUCUGGACGGCCUCCUCAUUCUUUUGACGGGUGCCAUGACCACAUAUGCCAUGCUCGCCUACCGCCGUCUUUCUGCGUACGACGACUAUGCACACCCAGCCAAUGUUAAAGGCUAUGGCUUCAGCGACUACUCGACCACCAGCAACACGACAUACCUCUCUGCAAACAGCCGCCAUUCUGUAAAGACGGGAAGACUGAGCAUUGGCUCCAUAAACGAGCCCAUCAACAUGGACUUUCUGGAUACCACACCAUACCACCACCAGCGAGAUACCCAAUUCGACGAUUACAUGGCCAAGCGCAACUCGUUCAACGCGACCCGCGAAACGAUACCCGGCACCGGGGACGUCGGGCGCGGUCCCCAGGCAUAUUCACCGCCCGGGGGCUCACCCAAAGGCCUGUCGCCACAGAGCCGCUCGCCACCGUUCGCCACGGGCCAGGUCAAAGCCCUGCAGCGCGGACCGACGAUACCGCGAGCGACGAGCUGGGCGAGCGACCACGUUCUCGUCGCUGUGCCGGAGGAGGACGCUGAAAUGGACCACACAAACACGGACGGCGUGUCGCUGCUCAGCCCAGACAGCAGCGAGAUGCCCGGCUUUGACGGCCCGCGGGUGGCGCAGGAGACGGAUAUACCCGAGCCCAAGUGGAAAUGA